CCCAAAAGAUGCCGAUGAAGGUGUUGGACGCCACAGUAUCAACCUUUGAUACUGUCUUUCAGAAGUUCAUAUCGGAAGCAUCCAAAAACAAAGCCAAUCUCAUUCUGUUUUUGGCCGACAAUGACCCUUCUACCUCUCUCAGCUGGUGCCCAGAUUGUGUGAGAGCUGAAGCAGUGAUCUACAAGAAACUAGAGACUAGCUCAGAUGAUAUUGCACUUUUGAGGGCUUUUGUGGGAGACAGGCCAACAUGGAGGAAUCCCCAGCACCCAUGGAGAGUGGACUCCAGGUUUGAGCUCACAGGAGUUCCAACACUAGUCCUUUGGCAAAAUGAUGCAGUCCAGGGUCGGCUUGAAGACCAUGAAGCACACAUUGAAAAAAAAAUUGAUGCCCUUGUUUCAGGCAUUGAAGUGUUUACUAUUAACAAUAGUCAACAAUCAACUUCUCAAUCCACACAAUCAAACGAAUUACCAAGUGAAGCACAUGCAACAGCUUCAAAAUCCAUACAAUCAGAGGACUUACCAUUUCAUGCAACAGCUAGCCAACUUCUCGAAGGAAAGUCCACCACAUGCAACGGCUAG